AUGCUUGUCGCUGCCAAAGUCGAAUGUCACUGCCGACUGACAUCAUUCCCCCUUUCAAUUCCAUCCUCUUCCCUCCCAUUAAAAUCUGCUGUCUGUAAUUGCAAUUCGUGUCGCCAUGCAACAGGACAGCUUUUCGCCACGUUCGCCGUUAUUCCUGUUCCGUUGCCGACCGACGUGUUGCAGAGUGAUGGGUUAGUGAGGUACGAUUCUUCAUCGACAUGUCAACGUUGGUUCUGCAAGAAAUGUGGAGCCAGUAUCAUCAAUAUCGACAGGGGAGACGGAGCAGAUGAAUGGGAGGUCGCCACAGGGGUGCUUCAUUUUCAAGACGAGAAAGGCCUCGAGGACCAGUUGAAUAGAGUCCAACUUUGGGUAGAAGAUGUCAAGGCUGACGGGGGAGCUACCGGCUGGAUCAAUCAGGGAAAAUUGGCAGGCAUGGACAGGCAUUGGCAAGGGAGGAAAAGUGGGCUUGUUAGCGACGAGAUUGUUGCCAAGGUCAUGGGAGGAGACUACGACGAGCUUCAGAAAAGGCCGUCCGAAACUCAGCUCGAUGACAUGGGCCUGCUUCAAGCCCAUUGUCACUGUCGAAAGGUCAGCAUCUCGAUCGCACGGCCGGAGAGAGGCUUCAACGAGGGAACGGGCAAAUUCGGAGCAUCUCUCGACGCCUGUACCUCAUGCCGACUUGUCAGUGGCUUUGAAGUAACAAGCUGGAUAACAAUCCCCAGAGGCCUGAUUCACGCUGGCUCGCAAGACUUGGAAUACCUCCUCGCCGACAGAUCAAGACUAGGCCACUACAACACUUCGUCCGAUGUCGAUCGAUACUUCUGUGUCAACUGUGGUGCGACUGUCUUUUAUUAUAAGGACGGCCUGGACACAAUUGACAUGGGAGCUGGACUCCUCAGCCCAACGACCAAAGAGAGAGCUCGUGUUGAGGAUUGGUUGCGGUGGGAGCGAUAUCCAAAGGGUGUGUUUUGUGCAGAGGACGCGAUUGAUAAAGGGUUCGUAGGGAACAUCAUGGAAGGCAUGAGACUGGUACAGGAGAGGAGGGAGUGA